AUGCACACCGCCGCCGUUUUAACAAUAUUAUCUUUGGCACUCACUGGCGCCACAAUGGCUAGUCCUUUGGCCAGCGUAGCCAAGGCCAAAGCAGACAAUCACAUACUCAACAUGCUGGCCGAAGCGAAUGCUAUGAGUAGUAUUGCCGAUCCUGAACUCACUACCGAGUGCUUCAAUUAUUAUUUGCCGAUUUUCGAUGAAAUUUCCACCAACUACUCGCUGCAGUAUAAGCAAUGCAUAACUACGGCCGACGAAGCCAGUAAUAAUCUUACCGCAAAAGCUGCUGCAAAUCGUAGUACAUUUGUUAAUCAGACCACGGCUAUUUGCAGCGCUUUCACCGCGUGCGACAGCGAUAACGAUACCAUGGACUUCUUCGCUUGUUAUGUCACAGCCUCAACUGCUGAUGUUUCGAGCAUAUACGCACUAUCGGACAGUGCUUCGAAUGCAGCUUUUGCGUUGAAGGCUGGUUUGCAGCAAAUCAAAAAUACUGAGGAUUUGUGCACUAGCGAUGCCCAACAUACUUAUGUUAUGGAUACUUCAACAACCUAUGAAGAGUUAAAUGCAUGUUUCGUUAAUGGAUUGCCAGCUUCAACGACCACUGAAGCUUUAACGACCACUGAACCUUUAACGACCACAGCUGCACCAUCGACCACAACCCAAGCUCCACAAAGCACUGAUGCCUCAACGACCACCGUAGCUCCAACCACAGCAGCCGCAGCGAACUCUAGCGCCGCUGAUGGUACAGCUGACGCUGCUGCCUUUCCUUCUGCUAGUAACGGAGCCUCAUCUAUUUUAUAG